UUUGUAUUAUACACAAAUAAGUAGCCUUUUACAAUUCAUUAAUUUAAUUAAAAUUAACCUAUAUAAUAAAACUGACCCAACAUCGUCCAAGGGUUCACUAAAUCAGCGCCAUCUAACGGUGAAACAUAAGAAUUUUGAAACGAAGCCUUGUUUGCUGCUAUCACGUGUUCUGGCGAGUUUGAGACAAGUUCCGAACCACUGAUUAAAAACAAAAGAUUCGUAAAUGCUUGGAAGCUUCUUGAAACAUCACUACUAAGAUGAACACCUGCUACCAUUGGUAACGUUACGUAGCCUACGCCUCAAACCAUCAGAUUCUUCGAGUAGAGGAGCAGAGCCAAAGCAUUUCAAUCCUAUCCACACUUGAUACAUCCACCUUUACAAGAAAAAGGAUUCAGUCUCUGGAUUAUGGUUCACCAGACUAAAUCAUCUGCGAGGUCCGAGGAGCUGGGUGACAUUUCAUUGUUGCCCAUUUCUCCUAAAAAAUUACCAAAGGUUUACACCCGCCCUUCUAUUCAUGAACAGCACAUGUUAAAAAGGAAAAUGGUCAAGAAGUCUCUUGUUGCUGGGCUGGUGGUCUUGCUUGUGGCUGCAUUGGGUUUUUUCCUGGGUUUGUAUUUGGGGAUUAGAAAUAAGAGACUCACUGUAUCCUCUGACCACUUCUACUUGAAAGCAGCCGUGGCAGCAGAUGCCGGGAAGUGCUCUGAGGUUGGGAGGGACAUCUUAAAGCGCAAUGGUUCAGCAGUUGAUGCUUCCAUUGCUGCUCUGUUGUGUGUUGGGCUGUUCAACGCACACAGCAUGGGCAUCGGAGGAGGGCUGUUCUUUACCAUAUACAAUGCUUCAACAGGAAAGGUGGAGACAAUUGAUGCCAGAGAAACCGCUCCAAUGAAUGCUUCUGAGGACAUGUUUGGCAAUAACACCCAGCUGUCACGGAAAGGAGGGUUGUCCAUUGCCAUACCAGGGGAAAUCUGUGGUUAUGAAAUGGCGCACAAAAGACAUGGGAAACUUCCAUGGAAGGAACUGUUUAAGCCCAGUAUAAAAUUGGCACGCAAUGGUUUUCCAAUUGGCAGGGCCUUGGCCAAUGCCAUUGCAAAAAACAAGGACUCGAUUCAGAGUGAUGUGACGUUGUGUGAAGUGUUUUGUGACUCAGAAAAAAACCUCCUGAAGGAAAAUGAUAUCAUUCGAUUUCCCAAACUCGCUGACACCUUUGAGAAGAUAGCGCAAGAAGGGCCAGAUGUUUUUUACAGUGGAUCUAUGGCCCAGAAUAUAGUGGAUGAUAUCCAGGCUGCAGGAGGGAUUAUAACACUUGAAGACCUAAAGGAAUAUAAGCCAGUGUUGAAUGAGACUCCGCUGAAGUUAAGUGUGGGGGAGUACACCAUUUAUAUUCCUGAUGCUCCAUCCAGUGGACCUGUACUCGCUCUGAUUCUCAACGUAGUAGAUGGUUACAACUUCUCAGACAGCAGUGUGUCCACGGCAGAGAAGAAGACUUUGACAUAUCAUCGUAUCGUAGAGGCAUUUCGUUUUGCUUAUGCCAAGAGGAGUAAACUGGGAGACCCACGUUACCUCAACAUCACUGACCUCAUCCAAAACAUGACCUCAGACUACUUUGCAGACAACAUUAGGAGUAAAAUCACAGAUGACACCACUCACCCAGACAGCUACUAUGAUCCUGAGUACUUUGUCCCCGAUGACCAUGGCACGGCUCACCUGUCAGUCAUCGCAGAGGAUGGGAGUGCGGUGGCAGCCACAAGCACCAUCAACCUUUAUUUUGGCUCAAAGGUGAUGUCACGCUCAACUGGCAUUAUCUUUAAUGAUGAGAUGGAUGAUUUCAGCUCUCCUUACAUUACCAAUGGCUUUGGGGUUCCCCCUUCGCCCAACAACUUCAUUCAGCCAGGAAAAAGACCUCUUUCAUCAAUGUGCCCCACAAUUAUAUUUGACAAACACCACAGAGUCAAAAUGGUUGUUGGGGCCUCAGGUGGGACGAAAAUCACCACUGCAACUGCUCUGGUGAUACUGAACUCACUGUUCUUUAACUAUGACUUGAAGAAAGCGGUUACGGAGCCUAGAGUCCACAACCAACUCAACCCCAACAUGACAGUCGUGGAACAGGACUUUGAGCAGAGUGUUCUUGAUGGCUUGGUUCAGAAGAAUCACGUAACAGAGCUGGAGAGGACGCCAGGAGCAGUAGUCCAGGCCAUUGUGCGACAAGGAGACAAACUCUGCGCCGAAUCUGACCCCAGGAAAGGCGGCUAUCCUGCAGGAUAUUGAACACCACUCCCUCUCUCGCUUUUCGAUUUUUGUGGACCUUCAGUCACUGGUGACUCAAUCAAGAACCAAGAAAAUCGAAUAUACACAUUAUAAGACAGUACACCACACAGUCCAAUGCACAACGUUGCACAAAGACUCCCUGUAUUUAUUAACACUUCUUUUUUCUUUUUGGUAUCAACAGUGCCUUACUUUCAUAUUGAACAGUCUAUGAUAUUUCCAAGCUUGUUUAUUCCUUUUGUGUGUAGAGAAAGAGAAUUGAUUAUCAGUAUGUGGGGGUCCUUUGGAACCUGAUUCCAUUGUAUGUUUGUGUGUGUGUGUGUGUGUGUGUGUGUGUAAUGGAGUUCCUUGGGCUAAUGGACAUGUUGAGAGUGGUUCAAAAUAAGCAAUACAAAAAGUGCCUGUGAGAGUGACCAAGUCAGGGAAAUGGGUAUGAAAUGAAUAUAGCAAUAAAAUAUUACAGUUUUUUUAUUAUUAUUUGCAAAUCAUGCUAAUUGCAUGGAAUUCAGGUAUUUUUAAAGAGAUAGUUCUCCCAAUAAUCAUUUAGUCACCAUCAUGUCAUUCCAAACCUGCAGAUUUUCAUUCUUCUGUGAAAAUGCAGUUACAGUGAAUGAGGCCUUGAGAUUUCAAGUUUAAAAAAUUAUGAAAAAGCACCAUAAGAUGAUCAGUAUAUGUCAGUAUGACUUGUAUAUAUGAAAUCUGUGAAAUUUAAUUUAUGAUGUUCAUUGGAAGAAAUGGGUCAUAUUGGAAAAAAAAAACAUGAGCGUGAAUUAUCUCUUUAAACUUCUAUUUUUUCAAGGUAGACACACUUGAAUAAUGAGACACUGCUCAAAUGUGUGGGAACCUAUUAUAUUAUAAUCUAUAAGCUGAAUGUUUCACUUAAAGCAGCAACCUAUUCAUUUUUAAAUAGUAAACUGGAAUGAUAAUAUUGUUAUGGUGAAGAGGAGCUAUUAUUGAAAUCAGAGCCAUUCAUAAGCGUGGAGAACGGCAUGCACAGCAUCAGAUUACCUCAUUGGACAUGUUCGCCUCUGUAUACAGCCAUCCUCUCAUGAGAUGACUUGGAUAAUGUGAAAUGCUGAAUAAUAAUAACAAUUGUUAUUCUGUUAUGAGUACAUGACUUGUUUAUGUGAAACAGACCUGAGCGCCACGGCAGAAGAAACGUGUUCACUUCAGGUCUAAAUGUGUUUAAUAUUUAGGACACAUUAGGACUCUACAGAGCAAUAUGUGGUAACAUUAAGAGGUGCCCAGGUCCAUCAUAGAUUUCCACCUUAUAUUAAACACAAUGUGUAUAGAGAUAUUCUCUUUAGAAUGCUUAUCAGAAUCCCUGUUAUUAUCUAAUGUUAGUCUCAUUUUAUUUUGAAUUACAUUUAAAGGAAUAGUUCACCCAAAAAUGAACUGAAUUUGCUGAUAAUUUACCAUCACACUCAUGCCAUCCAGGAUGUAGAUGAGUUUGUUUGUUCAUCAGACCAUAUU